UUUAUUGCUAGACAUGUUACAGCUCUGACUCUGACGCUCUUCAUCCCUCUCUGUCCAGGCCUGGUCUCGGCUUUAGAGAUCACAUCGAGUCCGACGGCGCCUCUGGAGAAGGCCAGCGGGCAGAGCGUGAAGCUGGACUGCCAGUUCUCCCUGACCUCCUCAGACACUGGACCUCUGGACAUAGAAUGGAGUUUGUUGGCCUCCGACAACCAAAUUAACGACCAAGUGGUUAUUCUGUACUCGGGCGACCGGGUGUACGAGGAUUAUUACGAGCCCAUGAAGGGUCGAGUCCACUUCAACACACCCGACCCGAAGAGCGGCGACGCCUCCAUCAACUUGACCGGACUGAAGUCGACAGACACGGGCACCUACCAGUGCAAAGUGAAGAAGGCUCCUGGAAUCGCCAGCAAGAAGAUGCAGCUGAUUGUCAUGGUGCGGCCAUCAAAGCCAAAGUGUACUACCGAAGGUACCCUGGAGGAAGGCAAAGACAUUGUGAUGAGAUGCUCAACUACCGAGGGAACCAAGCCGAUGCAGUACAAAUGGGAGAAAACCAGUGACAGCAAGCUGCUGCCUUCUUCUUCUGUGAUGGACCCCGUGGCAGGAACCAUCAAUGUGAAGAACGUUUCUACCAGUGCAUCUGGUAGCUACCGCUGCGUGGCUAGCAACCGCGUUGGCUCAGAGGAGUGCGUCCUCUACCUCCAUGUGACCCCACCACACAACACUGGAGGCAUCCUCGCAGGAUCCAUCAUAGCCGUUCUCCUGAUCCUGCUCCUUCUCGCCAUCAUCCUCUACUGCUUCUUCCGCGCUCGCAAGAACAAGAAGUACGAGAAGGAAAUCUGCAACGAGAUCAAAGAGGACGUCCCCCCUCCGAAGAGCCGCGUUUCGAGCGCGCGCAGCUUCAGCCAGAUGGGCAGCCAGCGCUCGUCCGUGGGCUCCAUGUCGCCGUCCAACCUGCACGACUACACGCUGAAGUCCCAGUACUCCAUGAAGUCCCAGUAUGACAAGAUCCCUUCCACCGAAGAGUACGACCGCCCGCCGAGUCAGGUCCCGCUGCCCCCGCCGACUGCCGCCAGAAUGGCUGGCCCCAACCUCACCCGCAUGGGGGCCAUCCCUGUCAUGACCCCGGCCCAGAACAGGGACGGCUCCAUCGUCUAGAGAAGGCACCCUGGACAAAACGCCAGUGAUAAAAAAAACAAACAAAAAAAAUGAAGCAGUGUCACUCGAUAGCAUCUACAAAACGAGAAGGUCCUCCCAUGAAGACAUGGCUCUGCUGUGUUGGUGAUGUGCUGUACUGGAAAUAGAGCACAUUAACUUUUUAUCAAAUACAAAACGAUGACAACAAAAAAGGAAAAAAAAAAAAACACUUAUGCAUUUAAUGUCCUGGAUUUUCUCCCAGGAAAAGAAUCGGUGUGGAUAUAUAAAAGCAAGAAUGGUCAAUAUACAAAUUCUAUUGUACAUAACUGAAUGCAUGUUUUUUUUUUUUUUACAUUGAUGUCUCUUGCUGUAGAUAUACUGUUUAAAACACAACCAUCCCCUUAGCUGGCACCCUGUACAGCUGUGUGUGUGUGUGUGUGUUUGUGUGUAAACAGACGUCUGGAAACUUAGUUUCUUUAAAUCAAAGCCUGACUCUUCCUUCUCUUUUGCUUGUCCAGUUUUGAUUGGUUGUGGCUUUUCUGAUUGGGUAUCAUUUAAUAUAGCUGUUUUUUGUUUUUCAGUUCUCUGAGAACAAACUGACUACAAGUCAGCUGUUUGCUAAUGAACCCUUGUUUCUUUGACUUUAAGUAGGGGGGCUUUAAAGGGUCCGGAUUGGCCGAUGGGGAAGGAGUGGUUUUGGUUUCCAUGAAGUGUGAUUGGAUGGAUGAUUGGUACUUGACCCAACUUUAAAAAAAUAAUCCAUUCUCCAUUCUUCCUCUGAGGCUCUUUGGGGAGUACGGGUAACAGCUGGACAACAAGGUUCACUGAGCAAUCAGCUUUGAUUGUGUUUGACUACAUAAAGCCCUGCCACCCCCACCGCAACCCCUUUUUACAUCCAUACACACCAAAUUAACAAGACAAAAGGAGCGACCCUUGGUUUAUCUGGCUGUGCGGCAUGUGUAAUCCCAUGUAUUUGUUGUUGCGCCACAAGGAGACGGAACCUUGAUUAACCUUCUCCCUGCGGUCGAUACGAAACCGAUCAGGGCUGAUGUAGCAUUAAUUUGAGAUUUUAAUGAAGGAUGGUGAUCACGGCGGGAUGAAGGAGUUUCCCACAGAGCGGCAUGCGGCAUACUGUUUCACUCUACAUUAAAAGCUGACCUUCGUUUCCAAUCUCAGGGCACAAUCAGUCAGUUUAACCUACAUAACCGAGUCCUUGCUACUCCUAUCUUCCGUUCUCUGAAAGCCUAGCUUCUCAUCUGGAUUCCACCUUUUCGGACAAACAUUACAAAGUGCAAACUUCUGGUUGCUUUCUUCUUUGAUGCCUUAUUCUAUCCUUUUUUUUGGCCUUACACUCUUCCCUGUGGUUUCCUCUUUUCAAUCCGAUUCUUUCUUGCCUUGUUGCCUUGGUUGAAAUGUUCAAACUGUGUUUUGUGCGUUCUUCAUGGUCGUCGCUCUCUGAGGACUAUAAUCAUUGCUGUAGACAUGGGCUGGGACAAACAGCACUGUUCCCUGAUCGUUACACAGGAUUUUAAACUA